AUGGUUCAGAAUAUAGAUACAGCCGCAGCAUCGCCAUCGCUCAAACUCUCCAGCGUCGGGUCUCCGAGUCCGUUACGUUCUCCGCUCGGCAGGAGAGACAGCAGAGACAUGUCAUCGUCGCACCGCCAGUCAUUCAGCGAGCGAGGCAUUCCCAACUCCCCACGCCAGCGCAAUCCCUCGUUAUCGCAGCAGGCCAUCCAGGAUUUGAUUAACAAUCCUCCUGUUGGCCGCAAGGACGAUGCCCUUCCUAAGUUUGCUGGACGCGACUGGCGUAGCAUCACUCUAGAAGAGAUCCUGGUGCCUGACGAGGUGCGCUUCGUCGAGGUCGACAGCACCAUUGAGGCUGCCACCAAGGUACUCCACCAUAUUCCAACCUCGAAUGAAGCUUUGUCUGAUGUUUCUCUANNGCUUCUGAUCGAAUCUGGAGCGCCCAAUGUCAUCCUCAUCCGUGAAUCUUCCUCGACCCGCCAAGCCAUUGGUCAGUUCGACUACGACGACCUCAACGCCUAUCUCCUCCUCGUUACUGGCCUCGCUCGUCCUCAAGACUCAGACCUCGACCAAGUUGAUAAGAUUGUCUCUCGCGCACGCACAAACCAACCCGUAGAGCUUGGAACUGUUAAGAACCUAAUCGGCCGUAAAGAGUCGCCUGCUUUCUGUGAGGCCUCGGCCACACUAGCUCGUGCCGUCGAGAUCUUUGGUGGUGGCUGCCAUCGCAUCAUCGUUCGCGCACCUGGUUCGGAAGAUGUUGUGGGCAUAUUGAGUCAAUUGAGACUGGUGCGAUUCUUGUGGGAGAACCGUGCCAGCUUUCACCCCGUCGAGCAGCUGCACAACCGUUCGCUGAAAGAGCUUGAUCUGGGCAGUCACUCAGUCAUAUCCAUCAACGGCGAUCGUCCACUUAAGGACGCUCUGCUCCUUAUGCACAGCGAAGGCAUCACCUCGCUACCUGUGCUUGACAACCACAAGAACGUCAUUGGUAACAUCUCGCACGUCGACAUCAAGCUUCUUACCAACACCUCGGCCCUCCCUCUUCUCGACUCUUCCUGCAUCCACUUCAUUACUGUCAUCCUUUCUGAGCGUGGUAUGAAUGACGGCCAAGACUCUUACCCUGUCUUCCACGUCAACCCCACUAGCACUCUCGCCCAUACCGUCGCAAAGCUUGUCGCAACUCGUUCUCAUCGCAUGUGGAUGGUCGAAGCCCCUUCACCCUCUUCUUCCAUCCCUGCCUCUCCCCACCUUGGUCCCUCGGUCACNGGCCCCACCCCCAUGCUCUCCCAGCUCUCGUCGACUACCGCAGGCCCACCAUACACGCCGGCCCAGCCCAAUGUGUCCGUAUCAGCAUCGACGCUUCCAGGAGCCACUCUCGGUGGUCAUCUGAACGGUGUCGUCAGCUUGACAGAUGUGCUCAAUCUCUUUGCUCGUGUGUCCGGACUUAACCCCUUAGAUCCCGACGAGACUAGACGUCGACGCCGCAGGAGCAGCAGUCAUUCAUCCAUGCGAGCUAGUGUCGACAGCUUUAGAAGCAGCAUUGAUGCUGGUCGCAAUAGCAGUCAACGCAGAUGA